UUCAUCACUUCGCAGCAUCAUUCUACAGUCCGCAAAAUGUCUUCCACUUGGCUGAAUCUGCUGGGCCUUCUGGUCGCCCUGUUCCUAGCUCUGGCCACAGGAGGAGAAGCCUCACCGUUCAAUGAGAACCGCUUCCGAGCACGCACGCAGCCACGACAAGGAUCCAUGCCACAGAUACCCACCACACCGCCAUUCAAUCCCUACGGAUGAGGCAAACCAACGUUUAAAUAAAUCUGAAUCUGAUUCUGAAUCUGAAGAAUGCUGCAAACCUAAA